CUACGACGCCAUCAAACACAACAGUUCUCAAAGAUCGGGACGACGGCACGUGUUUGAAUGGCACCACAACCAAUGUCACCGUGAACUUUGACACGAACGUCACGAUGACGUGGAUCAGAUUCAGUGUUAAACGGCCUGGUUAGAGAGUUUUCAUCUUAACGCAAACUGAACUUGUCUACGUCGGGCUAUGUUAGUUUUGCCUGUGUUUACGUUUGGUUUUCCUAUGUUAGUCAGAGCUGUGUCUUUGGUUUUCUUUGCUAGUCAGAGCUUUGUCUACGUUUGCAUAUGCUAUUCAGAGCUGUGUCUACUUUUUACUUUACUAGUCAGAGAUGGGCCCACGUUUCCUUUUGCUAGUCAGAGCUGUGCCGAAGUUUUCCUUUGCUAGACAGAGUUGUGCCUACGUUUUUCGUUUGUUAGACAGAGUUGAGCCUACGUUUUUCGUUUGCUAGUAGAACUAUGUCUACGUUUUCCUAUUUAAGUCAGAGUUGUGUCUUUGUUUGUCUAGGCUAGUCAGAGCUGUGCCUAAGUUUUUCUAUGUUAGUCAGUGAUAUGUGUUUGUUUAUCUAUCCUAGUCAGAGAUGAGUCCACGUUCCUCUAUGUUGGUCAGAGAGGUGUUUUUGUUUAUCUAUGCUAGACAGAGCUGUGUACGUUUUCCUUUGUUAGUCAGAGCUUUGUCUUCGUUGACCUAUGUUAGUCAGAGCUGUGUCUUUGUUUAUAAAUGCUGGUCAGAGCUGUGUCUACAUUUGCCUUUGUUAGGGAAGGAAAUAAGGUAAAGAUUACCUACAACCCAUAAUCCAUUCCCAGUGCAGCAAAACAGCCAUUUUAAGAGCUUUUAAAAUAAUGGCAAAACUACAAUAAUCACACGAAUUACUGAUUAUUAAAAAAUAUUAAUAUAUAAAAUUAACAUACUGUGGAAAUUUGAUGUUUAAAUAAUUUUCAACAGAGCUAAGAAAUAAUGUAACAAUGCUGUUGAAUGGUUCCCAAAACGUGCUGAUUGACUGCAAGAAAAUUGUUUUCAUCGACCAACGGACAGUGGAUGUUUUCUGUGAUUCAAAUGUGAUAGCUCGUCAGAUUACGUUGCUAGGAUCAGGAGUAGGCUCCCUGUGCUCUCUUUACUUCAGUGGAGGUAGGUGGUACUAGGAUCUAACUUUUAUUGAAAAAAAAGGAUUUUCGUCCUGUUAAUCUUUAAACACAUGUUUAACUUAUAUUUUAUAGGAAAUAUUGGAACAAGAAGCGUUUAGCUGGACACGAAGUUAUUAUGAUUAUUAUUACUUGUCUUACGUAGCGCGGAAUAUUUAUGUACAUUUAUAUAAUAAAGAACAGCUGUUUAACAGAAAAACAACAACAAACGCAUAUACGAAAUUUCUGUGCAAUUAUAUAGUCCCCAUUAUUACAUUAUAUAUAGAGUAUUACAUUAUUGGUCCAAAGAGAAUUAAUUGCGUUCCUUAACUGAUGGAAUUCAUUUAAAAAUCAUGAUUAAUUUAUGUUUAAAUUGUAAAAAAAAUAUAAAAAAUUCAAAGCGGUAAUACAAAUUAAAAAGUGACAGAUGGAAUAUAAUAUGGCGUAAGGACAGUAUAAACUAUCCAAAUUAGGUCGAAAUGUAGCCUUGGGACGAAGCGCCUUGCAGUCUACCACGUACACUGAAGAAGCAGCUGCGAGAGCUAGCAAUGCUGUAGACGGUAACACAGAUGGACGGUUCUCAUCAGGUAGUUGCACCCACACAGGAGUAAACGAUCCCUCGCCAAAUUGGAAUGUGACGUUCUCCAAAAUGCAGCGCAUCCAUAAAUAUGUCAUUUACAACAGAGAUUCACGUAAGAUGUUGAAAUAUUUAUUUUUCAUUUAUUUAUUAAAAUUUAAAGAAAAAAAAACUUGAAAAAUUAUAUAAAGUAAAGGAAUAACCAGUCAAAGUUUUCUCUACGUUUAAAACGUCAAUCCUUAAACACUUGUUUUAUAUAUUUUUCCUAUAAAUUCUUCAUAGAAUGUGAUGUCGAACAAUGAAUGAUAGGGCUGAACAUUUCACAAAUUAUGUGACGAGUAUCACAAUUUAUGAAAAUCCCAAUUAUUUGAUCCCUCUCCUCCCGCCCACAAGGCUUGCAACCACACCAUUUUUUUCACGCAACUGAACUAUAUUACUAUUCUAAUGACCCACCCACUUGAACACCGCAUACAUUUUUUCAACAGUUAUUUUAAAAAAAAAACACUAGCGACAGUUAUUUUUAAAAACAAUCUCAUUUCGCGCUGUCAUCAUAUUUACUUCACCUAACCAUUAAAAAAUACGAAAACACGAAUUAAUUAUUUAUUUUGUGUGUGUGUGUGGGGGGGGGUGGGUUGUUGUCUAUAGCUGAAAAUUUAAUAGACUAUUUAGUCCUCGGCAACAAAUCCAUAAUCCAUGUGCCAAGUUUCAGCUCGAUGGGUUGACUGAAAGUGGCUAAAAACAAGUCAGCUUUUAAUGUGUGCAAAGGGCGGAAUGGGCAUCCUAUUUAAGAUUCCAGAAACUCCUUACUUUCAGAUGGUACCACAGUUCAUAAAUAAAUGACUAAGUCCACAGAAGUGUCGGGUUGAUAAGUUAAGCUUAGAAUAUAUAAUUAUAAAUUGGAAUGAAACGAUUAUUUGUCAGCUCCAAAAUUUGUCAAAAGUUAGAUAAACUCAUAGACAGACUGGCGGACGGAAGAAAUGAAUAACACAGUGAUUAACAUGAUUUUUAAAAAAAAUUAUUUCUUUCAGUCCAAGAUCGUCUCAUAGACUUUAAUGUGUCAAGUUUUAGCACAAACGAUACUUCUGUAUUCGAUUACACCUUUCAAAAACCAAGCAGAUCUGUGUAUACAGUGAUUGCCAUGCCACACGAUGUUUCAUUUGUGAAAAUAUACACGAGCUCCAGAGACAAGAUCCUAACAUUGUGUGAAGUGGAGAUGUAUGGAGGUAUUUUUUGUUGAUACAUGGAGAUGUUUGGAGAUAUUUUAUGUCGAUACACGGAGAUUGUGGCAGCAUUUUAUGUUGAUAAAAGGAGAUGUUUGGAGAUAGUUUAAGGUUGAUACAUGGAGAUUUUGUAUGUAUUUUAUUUUGAUAAAUGGAGAUGUUUGGAGGUAAUUUAUUUUGAAAAAGGAGAUUUUUGAUGUAUUUUAUAUUGAUAAAUGGAGAUGAUUGGAGGUAAAGGAUUUUGUUAUGCAGAGAUAUAUGCAGAAAUGUUAUGGUGAUAAAUUGAGAUUUUUGGGAGUAUUUUAUAUUGAUAAAUGCAGACGUUUGUAAGUAUUUUAUAUUGAUAAAUGCAUAUGCCCGUAAGUAUAUUAUGUGGUAAUGUAGUGCUACAUGAGGUUAAUUGUGUAGUCAAAUUGAAAUGUUUGGGGAUAAAUUACGUUGUUAAAUGAAGGCGUAUUGUAUUUAAACCUGUGGUAAUGUGUUGAUUUGUGGAGGUACAUUAUGUUUUUAAUGUUGAUAUAUGGAGGUAAAAUAAUGUAUACCAUGCAUGCUAGUAAGACUAUUUUUUUGUUGUUUUUUUCAUUGAGGAUUAUGUAUCAUAUAAUGCAAGUUAUAAGUAGCGUUGCUAUUGAAAUAAGUUCAAAUUAACGCGAAUGUUGUAAAGUAGCUUUAAUGGGAUUUGAUGCAAGGUCAAGUAAUUGGGAGAGGAAACGUUAACAAGAAAAGUAUGCACUCCUUAAAAUACUUUUUUAAACAAAAAAGUAUAAUUUAUCAUGGAGAAUCAGACAGAAAUGAAUAAUUUUUAAAAUUCAUGAAUAAUUUCUGAUUCUAACUUUUGAUAGGAAAAAGAAAAUACAUAUUUAACAAUGCAGAAAAAGGGUUAAAUAUAUCCUAGCAACGAUAAGCAUCUAUCCGAAAUGCGGCAUUGUUUUGCUUUUAAUUUAUUUCCCUCGGAGAAAACACAAAUCCAAUUUUACUUGGAAAAUCUGUAUUAAAUUUGUAAUUAAAUGUCAUUGUCUUUUCGAAAAAAAAACCCCACACUAACGUAUUAUGGACACUAAAUUUUGUUUUCUAAAGUAAAAUGGAUAAAUGUUUUCUAAUUGUUAAAGAAAAUGAAUUAGGCGUUGGACUUAAAGCUAUUAUGCUUCACUAUAAAUCGAAUAAUCAUUUGUGUUGAGCUGUAGAAUCAUUUUUACAUUAACUAGCCUCGACGUUUUAUCAUUAAUGUAAAUUAAAAGAACAAUCUACCCCCAGAAACGGUGUGUGACCACAACAAAUACGGCCUCGGGUGUAACAAGUCAUGUAACUGUGAGAAUAAAACAGAGACGUGUCGUGUGGCUACUGGAGGGUGUCCGUCUGGCUGUGCUGCCGGCUUCUACGGGGAAGAUUGUCAAACCAGUAAGUAGAAAUUAAAGCCUACAUAUUAUACGUCCAUAGUACUAUUAAAGAUAGUUUCUUUGUAUGUCAAAAAUGUGUCGUAACUACUGUGAUCUUUGAUGUCAAAUUACUGUAACACAAAUCAUUUGAUAGUUCACCUUACAUGAAAUGGGGUUUACUAGUUGGAAACAACGGCAGAUUGGAUCUGUCUUUUUUUUUUUGCUCUUGUGACAAAGGAAAUGAAAAUUACAGUUAACCAGACAACUAGAAGCAUACAAAUUUGGAGGGAACAACACUAAUUUAGAGAGUUUCGUUAUGUGGAAUGUAAUCUAAAAAGAUUUUUAUUUCAUUGGCUUAAUAAGAUAAGAUAAGAUACGAUUGGAUAUUGGAUAUGAUAAGAUAAGAUGAUUUUAUUACUCCAGUUACAUGGAAAGAUGGUGUGUUUUUUUAAAAAACUUUGCACAAAUGUUUUCAGCCUUGAAUGUCUAGGUCCGAGUUUUUUUGUUGUUUAAUCAAAUUUGUCUGUAACAAAGCUUUUUCCUUCUUUCGGAUAUUGUUUCAAAUAUGGGAAUUAAUUUGAGUUGUGUUAGUUUGCAAGUAUAAGUUGGACUUGUGUUAGUUUGCAAGUAUCAGUUGGAGUUGUGUUAAUAUGCAAGUAUCAAUUUGAGUUGUGUUAGUUUGCAAGUAUAAGUUUGAGUUGUGUUAGUAUGCAAGUAUCAGUUGGAGUUGUGUUAGUUUGCAAGUAUCAGUUUGAGUUGUGUUAGUAUGCAAGUAUCAGUUGGAGUUGUGUUAGUUUGCAAGUAUCAGUUGGAGUUGUGUUAGUUUGCAAGUAUCAGUUGGAGUUGUGUUAGUUUGCAAGUAUCAGUUGUAAUUGUGAUAGUUUGCAAGUAUCAGUUGUAAUUGUGAUAGUUUGCAAGUAUAAGUUUGAGUUGUGUUAGUUUGCAAGUAUCAGUUUGAGUUGUGUUAGUUUGGCAAGUGUUAAUUUCGGUUGUUUACAGAAGUGUUAGAUGUGGAGGGCAGGGACGGGAAGCUAAAUGCAUGCAUUAAAUGGCACCUCCUGUUGAACUCAAAACAAGUGGUUACAAUGUUAAACUGGGGGGGGGGGAGAGAUACCUGGAUUUUGCGAAAAUAAUUUAACACACAGCCUGGACGCAAAAUGUACCAUAUUAAACUGGCUAUAUCAAACAGACUAAUGAAGAUUUCAUGAUGACCUCGGCUAUUAGCAAAUGACGAAAAGUGACUUUCCACAACAAAGUUUUAAAAAUAUAAUAUCCCACUCAAUUGCAUUACAAUAGAUUUCCCUCACUCAAAUUGUUUUAAUGGCACGAUUAUUAGAUAAAACAAAAGGGGUAGUAAACAAACCCCAAAAACAGAACAUUUUCGUAUUAAUAUUUUGUAGGCAUUUUGAUUGCACUCAAAGUCAUCCCCAUACAUAAAAAAAAAAACGGCACAAGUACAAAGCCCAGAAAAAAAAAUAAAGUACUGAUUUCUGUGCGUUGGGGUAGGGGUACUAUUUACAGUUUGAUAAAAUUGUUUUUAUGGGCAACGAGUCUAUAUGACAAAUUUCAGCACGAUUGAAUUACGGAAAAAGGGCAAUAAGCCUGCCUAAAUUUCGACUAAAAAGAAAUCCAUAAAAUCGAAGUUAAUGUAAUGGAAUUAAACAUGUGAACAGUUUAAAUUAGAAGUAAAUGCUUUCUUUGUGUACAGAUAAAAUGAUUGCUGCCUUGUUGUUGUUUUGUUUAUAUGUGUGUGUGCGUGUGUGUGUUAAUAUUGUAGCACAUCAUUCCCCUGUUUACAUACAGCAGUAAAACAAAGUACUAUAAAAUUAAUAUAAAGUAAUGCUAUUCUAUCUGCCCUCCAAACAGUGUCUUAUGGGCAUUUCCAAUGAAACUACUAUGUUACAUGGCUUUGAUAGAGUUUUCCUUAUGGGAGUCACAUUCCCUGAUUGAAAUGCAUGUUUGGAUACUUUUAAAAGAUAGGUCAAAGUAGAGGCAUCAGCUAAUGCAUUGACUUAUUUUAGUUUAGUGAAUACAUAAAUGCGAAAGACUGUUUGCUUUACCAGACUGAAACACGUAACACACUAUGUGUAACAUACCGUUUGUUUUUAUGUAUGAUGUCAUUAUUUGUGUGUGUCAAGAAGCAUACAUCUCAUCUUUAUGUGGACCAUUUAAAAGACAUAAAAUUAAGUUUCCAACUUGUAUGGUAUACACACAUGUAAAACCCCGAGUGGAUCGGACUCGUUUGCCUAGGAAGGCGACUCAUCUAAGAGAAGGCUAACUAUGAAUUCAAACCCGGCGCCGAAAUGAGCAAUACAUUGAUCGUGGGCCCCCAAUUAUGAAAAAAAACAAACGAGCUAACAAUAUGUACUACAUUUAAUUUUUUGUUCAACAUUUUUAUCAAUUAUUUAUAUAUGUUCCAUACAACAAGAAGCUUGUAUUUUCAGGUUGCCCGUCAUUACAAUGGGGCUUGGACUGCCUCAACACUUGCAGCGUCCACUGUGUCAAUCUCAAGUGCAACAGAACAAACGGCGUCUGUGACCUGGGCUGUGAGAUUGGCUUUGUUAAAGACAAAUGUGAUAACGGUCAGUAAUCAAAAAAAAAAUGUUGCUCUAUUAAAAAGAGUUGUAAUAUUCGGAAAAAAAUUAGCAGAAUUUAAUGUAUUUUUUUGUUCCAUUAGGUUAUUCGUAGAUUUAUUUAUUUUUUUUUUUAAACUAUGAUUUUAAAAAAAAAUCGGUAUCUCUGAUAUUUAUUUAACAGAUAUUUACUCAAGUUUACAUAUAAAUUUUCUUUAUCCUGUUCAAUAGGUUAAAAACAAAUACUAAACAUUUUUUUACCAUUUGCAUUCUUAUUUAGCUUUAAAUCUUCUAUCUGAAGAUGUAUGUAUUUACCAUUCAACCCUUGCGAUAUUGAUUAAGAAAUAGGAAAUACACAUUUUUAAAUCUUAACAGCAUGCUCUGGCUCCACAUGGGGUCAAAACUGCUCCAACAAGUGUAGUGAGAACUGUGUCAGAGGCACGUGCAGCAACAUUGACGGCCUCUGUACAUUCGGUUGUAACAGUGGGUACACGGGAGACGACUGUACACAACGUAUGUAUAAAAAAUUCCAACAGUUGCAGUUCUUUAUAGAUCGUAUUGGAAUACUGGUUACACUUCCUUUACAAUUUUAAUAUGACAUGAUUGGCAGCGUGGGUUUCUGGAUUGUUGUGCAUAAGGAAUGAGCAUAAUCCUCUAUUAGAUGUACAUUGUUGAAACAUUUGUCUACUGCGAAAAAUUGAAGAUGAGUUUGUCAAAUGUGUCAGAAUGGCAUCUUGUCAUUCUGUCAUCUGUCUAUCAUGUCAUCCAGUUAUCUUGUCAUCCUGUUAACUUGUCAUCAUGUCAUCUGGUUUUCAUGUCAUCUAGGCAUCCUGCAUCCUAUCAUCUGAUCAUCAUGUCUUCUUGUCAUUCUGUCAUCUGGUCAUCAGGUCAUAUUGUCAUCCCAUUUUCUGAUCCUCCUGUCCUAUAUUUAUCGUGUCAUCUGGUCAUUAUGUUUUCUUGUCACAUCGUCAUUCUUUCAUCUGGUCAUCCUGAUAUCCUGUCAUCCUGUUUUCCUGUCAUCUUGUCCUUUUGUGAUCGUGUCCUUCUGUCCCCUUGUUAUCUUUUCAUCUCGUCAUCUUUUCAAGCAUUUUAGAAAAUAUUUAAAUUAAUAUUAUUUCACGAGAAUCAUUUUAAGUAUAAUAUUGAUGUUUAUUAUGACACUGAUUGUAUUCUGGAUCAUUUUUGUAAUGUGUUCCAUUCUUAUAAAAACAAUCCCAAUGUUAUUUUGUGCAGAGUGCCCUGUCUUUAAAUGGGGCGACACAUGCAGAGAAGACUGCAGUACCAAUUGUGUCAAUCAAACGUGUGAUAACAGAAACGGAACUUGUGACAAUGGGUGUCAUGCUGGUUACAUGGGACACACCUGCUCUGACAGUAAGUAUAGCCCCAUCGUUUAAAGUUUGUUGAACAAAUUGGGGCGUAAGACGAAAAUUAUGUCGUCAAAAUUUUAAAAGUGAUGUAAUGAGUAACAUGUUAGAAAGUUAAGUAAUUAUUUCACUGAUGUUAUUAUGUUAUAAUAAGUUGCAUUUCAGACAAUUACUUACAAGGGACUUUAUGAAAGUGUUUUCAGUGACAUGUUUUUAAAAAAAAUAAUUGCGUAAAUUCUUUGAAACAAUCAUGAAUAAAUAAUUUGCCUUACAUGAUUUCUCUGGAUCAAUCAUUAUGACGUGAUUUCCUUUUAUCAAUCAUCAUUAUUUGUGUUUUAAAAAUAAAUAAAUGUGAUGAUGCCAAUAUUUUUUUUUGUAAUCAAUCAAUGAUUAAGUUUAUACGUAACUGUUUGGGGUUUUUGGUCUAAAAUUAGACCUAAUGUUUUAAUGAUGACUUAAUAAUAGACUUAACAUCCGUUUUUUUUAAUGAUAAUCUUUUUUUUUUUGUAAUCAAUCAAUGAUUAAGUUUAUACGUAACUGUUUGGGGUUUUUGGUCUAAAAUUAUACCUAAUGUUUUAAUGAUGACUUAAUAAUAGACUUAACAUCCGUUUUUUUUAAUGAUAAUCUUUUUUUUUAAUAAAGCUACUAUUGUCCUAAUUGUGUUCACUGUAACCGUAUCCUCAGGCUGUUCUUUAAAAACUUGGGGGGAAAAUUGUGUCAACCCUUGCAGUGACAAUUGUGUCAACAAGACGUGUGACAGAUUCAAUGGCAGCUGUGACUCUGGUUGUCAAGGUGGUUACACCGGGGACAGGUGUGAUGAAGGUAACAUUUUGUUGUCGUUGUUUUAG